UAGCUUCUACAGAGAGAACGCAUUCGUCGGUAAAAAUCCAAAAACGAAAGUAAAAAACAUCUUCAAAAUGAUGAGCCAAACUUUGACCCUUUGCUGCCUUGGAUUGGUGGCAUGUGUAUACGGAAAUACAGUGUCCACAAACGAUACCGCCUGUCCAACUUUUUGCCCCAGUAUCUACAAGCCAGUAUGCGGAACUGAUGGCCAGAACUUCAAGGAGUUCGCCAGCACCUGCAACCUAUUGUCCCACAACUGUCGCCGCGAAAGGAACAGCGUGCAGGCCUAUGCUGCCACCGAUGCCGCCUGGUGCAGCUCCGAGUUCGUCGAGAAUCUGCACGAGAAGUUGGGCAACUUCAAGCUGGAGGUCAAGGAAUGCUUCAAGCCCUGCUCUAUGAUCUACCAGCCGGUGUGCAUUACCAAUGGAAAGUAUCGUGCCGAGUUGGCCAACUCCUGCCUGCUGGAGAACUUUAACUGCGCCCUGCAGGUCUCCGGCGCCCAACCCGCUGAGCUCUUCCGUCUUUUGCGCGAAGAGAAAUGCUAGACGGGAUCGGUCGUAAAGACAGAACAAUGAGGAGGACCAUCUUUUGUUCGUCAAAGUCAUCCUUUUGUCUUCGACGAAAAUACAACCCUACGAAUUUAUGAGACAUG